UCUGCUGCUGCUGCUGCUGCUUCUGCGAUGAAGAGGAGGAUGACGGUGUCCUGUGGCGGAUCAUCUCCGAGACUGGGCCGCUGAAGACCCCCGCACCCAAACCAACCCUCCUCCUCCUCCUCCUCGUUCCUCCUCCUCUGUUCGGAUCUUUGGAAACCGGCAGUAAACAGCUUCACAGUUCUCCACUGUGACGACUGGGUGCAGCAGGUCCACACAGUUUGUUAUCCUGACAUGAUGGGGGACUCCCUCUGUGUUUCCCACCGCACGGCCGAGGCAGUGCACAGAACGAGGAGCUUUAUCACGGUUCUGCCUUUUGCUUUGCUGCUACCAACUGUAAGAGUCAGUGCACAGUUAAUGGGAGGCCCCCUGGACUGCCACAAGACCUGUGUUUGCGCCAGCAACAUCAUUAGCUGCUCCAAUACGAACCUAACCAAUGUCCCCAUCGCUCUUCCAGAAUACACAGCCGUCCUUGACCUCAGCUUCAACUCCAUCACUAAGCUCCGUGCAGAGUGGACCUCCAUCAAUCUCGGCAGACUGCACACUUUAUUGCUCAACAACAACGGCCUUACUUUUCUCUCCUCUGAGGCGUUUAUCUAUGUGACUAAGGUUCACUACCUGGACCUUUCGUCCAAUCGCCUCCGCCUGCUGGAUGAGAUCAUCUUUGAGCCGCUGGAGCAGCUGAAGGUGCUGCUGCUUUACAACAACUGCAUCUCUCAGAUCGAUCGCUCUGCUUUCUCGAGCCUCAUCCAGCUGCAGAAGCUCUACCUGAGCCACAACUCAAUCUCACGCUUCCCCCUGGAGCUGGUGAAGGAGCGGAGCCGGCUGGAAACUCUCAGACUGCUGGAUGUUUCCUCCAACCGCAUCAAAGUCCUGCCCUUGCACGAGCUUCAGGCCCUGCCCGCCUGGAUCAAGAAUGGUCUGUACUUCCACAACAACUCUUUGCCCUGCAGUUGUGAGCUGUAUGAAGUGGUGGCACGCUGGAACCUCAAGGAGCUCAGCUCCGCUGUUGACUUCAGGAGCAGCCACACUUGUGUGUUACCAGGGCAGCAGAAAGAGAAAAUGGCCAUACUGGAUCUCAACAAGGUCCAUUUGAACUGCAGUGAGGCCAAAAUUAUGGACGAAAAAGCUUAUCUGGAGCAGUUCCUGGUGCUGGACUGUGAUGCCAGGCAGAAAAACAUGACUAAGCGCUGGACACUGCCUGGAAACAUCCCACUGUCUGCAAACAAGACUGCUGUGAUCAAUCAUGACGGCAACCUCCAGAUCGGGCCCCUGAGUGUAGAGGACUCUGGGGUCUACACCUGCUAUGCCACAAGUGACUUCCUCAACGAGACGCUGUAUGUGACUGUAGUGGUGUUUAACUCCACCAUGACUGGUGGCCUGGAGAACCUAAAAACGGCCUACACCACCCUCGUAGCAUGUCUGGUCAGUGUCGUUAUGGUUCUCAUCUACCUCUACCUCACACCCUGCCGCUGUUGUCCGGGUCAGGGCCUGGAGAAGAACGACCCCAAUGACAGCCUCCGUUCUUCAACUGUCAGUGUGUCUCAAGCACACAAAGACACGGGGCAAGAGGGAGUGGAAGGGGGAGGAUUUAGCUACAGACAUGUGGGCUUCCCGGAUAUCAAGGACCAGAUGGAGCAGAAUGGGAGGUUGAAUCCAAUAGGUGAGGAGGACGAGGAGUGGCAGGGGGAGAGUAAGGAGAGAAGGAGGUCUGACGCAGAGUCGGUCAGCUCCGUGUGCUCUGAUACCCCCAUGGUGGUGUGACAGCUUCAUCCAUACGGCUGCCCCACAGAUGAAUGUGUGCAGGAUUCAAACAUUAGCAUCUUCCAAACAAAGCCAGAGCUCUGUCUCUCAUGAUCAGCGACAAAGUUUCAGUAGCAUGUAUCAUUGAUUUAAAAAAAAAAGAAAGAUUAUCUGUGCAGUGUAAAAAAAAAAAAUACCCCAAAGCAUUCUGUUAAUGCCUAAAGAUAUUUAGCUAAAAUUGUUUAUGACCUACAUUUAUUUUGACAUUGCAAGAGUGGCAUUUUUGAAGACAAUUUCAUUGCAAAUUAUCGUUUCAAGAUGGCAACUAUUGCUUUUAUUGGCUGAACCUGCAAGGAAUCACUUUGCAAGUUGUAACAAUGAGUUUGAAUUUUGUUUUCACUUAAGUCCCUGAGAGAGAAAAAAAGUUGCCAUCAGCACCAAUUAUUGAAAGCAUGAAAACAUGAUUGAUGUUAUUCCUCAGUUUAACUUCUGAAUCUCCAGAGGCUGCACGUUAAAUUAAAGUUAUACAGCUUUUUUUAUGCACUGCAAAUCUUGGCACGACAAAUAUUAAUGUUGGACAGAAGCUGCUGCUUGAUAUAGAAACAAAUAUAAAUGUGAUUAUUUCUUCUUUAUUUUACAUUCCUGUUUGGUUUGGUCAGCACUUACAGGACACAAUACUGUAAAGAUUACCUUUAUGCAUUUUUAUUAUUUUAAAUUAUUUUAGAUUUAGUGCUCCAGUUGAAGUGCUUUUGAUUCCUUCAACCUUGUAUACAGGUCUGUUUUAAAAACAAACAGAUUAUAUCUAUUGUUGUGGCAGUUAUUCCCGCUGAUCAUUGACCUCAUAAACACUGUAGGUAUUAGUGAAACUGAUAUCUAAUUGUUUACAUCAAUAUAAACAACUACUUACUAUUUACAGACAAAUUUACAUUAAUAUUAAGUCAAGCAUUUAUGUCACUAAUAUUAUAACGUUACAUUCCAGAUGCACUGACAAAAUAUUGAACAAAGGGACAUAUUUUAAUAUUGAUGAGAUCUAAGGUGCAGAACACCGUGCAAAGAGGAAGUAAACAGACCUGACAGUGGAUUCAGAGAGUCUGCAGAGAUGGUUUCCAGUUUAAAAAAUAUACCCAUUGUAAUAAACUGAAGCUCAUUUAAACCACAUUUCACAAGGCAACAAAGAUGUUCUCUGUUAAUGCAGCUGCUGGCGACAGAUUUCAGCCUCGCAUCUCUGGUACAGAGGUUCCCAGUCUGUUCUGCUUUUGACCCCGUAACACAAUCCAGCAACUAGUAAUUACAGGACGUACGAGUUGUAAUUAAUCUAAUCAGAGUGAUUUUCCCUUCUCAGAUUGCUUGACCUGAGUCAUUUUUAGAGGCCUGAAGAGGCAAAACCAGUCAAUGUUUCACAAGAAAGAGCCAAUGAUUAGAGAAAAGUCUGAAGAAUUAGAAUAACUUUAAAGAUAAUAAUGUUUUGUUUUUUUAUAUUUCACUACACUAAUCAUUGUACAGGGCCUCAUACACUUAUCUCAAGAUCCCUUGUGGAGGUCUGGACAGCCGGGUUGUGAACCACUGAUCUAGUUUGAACAUUUUUAAAAAGGUUAAUCAUGAUUAAAAACAUUAUAAUGACAAAUUCAUGUUUGGGCUAGAAUUUCAAAUAUAAAAUCCACUGUUAUAUUGCUGUUAAGAUUAUAUGUUGUGAGAAUGGCAUCCAGACAAGUAACAUAAACAUACACCCUGCCAUACUGGAUAGUUAAUAGCAGCCAGGCAGGAAGAGCCGCCCAGGAGAGACAACUGAGAGUGAGUACCAUCUAUUGAAUGCUUCUGGGCAUUAGUGCCCAACCCAGAGCAAAUCAGCAAAUGCCAGCCAGCCAGAAGUCUCAUAAACACAGUCAGGAAUAGCAGCUUGUAGCACGGCCGCACACAGGCAGCCUGACACAGCUGAAAUGUAAAUAUAGAAGUCACACUUUUCAAGCACAUCUACAUUUUAGUUCAAUCGAAAACGCCUUCAAAUUAUAAUGAUGGUGUCGAUACAGAAGUUGUUUUCCAUUUGGUAUAAACACAUGCAUCACGGUGAUGUGUCACAAAACUGAAGUGAAUUAACUUAAACUCAAAACUUAAAAUCAAACACCCCUAGAUAAUGGAUGUAGCAAUGGACAGUGCUUUUAUUUUGAAAGAACAAUAUUGUCAUCCUCUCAGUUUUCUUGGUGCUUUUUCAAAAUAAUUUAGGUGAAUCCUCACCUUCAUUUAAAGUGUUUGGAACUGUCUGAUUGUAUAAUAAUGUAGCUUGACAUGCUGAAAAACCUUAUUAACCUAGAUCUCUCAGAGGGACACAUCUACUCUAUGCUAAUGUACAUAUUUCUCUUAAAACCAAAGAUUUAGUUGCAAACAUACAUUGAUAACCUACAUGUUCAGUGUUUACAGUCAGUACGGUUAUACUGUCUUUACCAUGUUGAGCUUACAUACUGUAUAUGUCUGUGUUAAGACACAAACUUAUGUUUUAAUAUAUGCAAUCCUGUAUAAAGACUGGUGUUAAAUUGUUGCUGUAUUGUACAUUGUCUGUUAAUGUAUUGAUCCUGUAUUUCGUAAACUACAUGUCAACCAAGUGUGAGUGGCAUUAAUACAUUAAUGAAUGAAUCCGUCAGAGCUGCAGAUCAUUGAAAAGAAAUACAUUGAUAGCCUACCACAAUUGUCUUUCUAUUAAAUUUGUUCAAGUGUUAAUGUUUCCUCUAAUUUGAUUUUAAUUAGUUAUUUGAUGCUAUACAAAUGGGGUGUAAUACAAUGAUUGAGAGCUGAGCCUGACUCCCAAUGGGUGGAGCCUGUAGGUUAUGUGUGAUGUGUUAAUAAACUUUAAAGGUGCUUGUAGGUGGAUUAUCUCUGUUAGACAGGACUGAGCUGGCUGUUCCACUCUUUUUGCUAAG